AUGAAUUGUCCUAUUUGCUCUCGAGUCUCAAGCUCGCGCCUACGCUUUUAUUGUCCCACCUGUGCCUGUAACCAACUAUACACACUACGUAUCGAUAAUGCCAGGGUUCUCCUGGAGAAGGAUACCUUAGGACGGCAGCUCGAGAAAGCACUUCUGCAUCAGACAUCUCCUACUCUCUCCCAUCAUCGCCCUGAAGAAUGCUCGACGCAGUCGCCGAAUAAGGUGCCCAGUCCUCAAGAUGUCUUGCAAAUCAUAAACGCAAAAGCCGAGUCUUCCAUCAGGAGGAAAGAGCUUGCGCUUCAGAUCCAGCAACUGAAAUCCGAGAUUAAAGACAGGCAACUUGGCAUUUCUCAGCGGAGGUUGACAUUAGCCCGACGACGUUCAGAUGCUGAGUCUUCAAAGUUUCAGCUGGAAAGUCGCGAGAUAGCUCUGAUAUGUGGUGUCCAGAAUACCAUCAAAAGGACGGAGCAUCUCUGGCAUUCCUUGCACAGCAAGACAGCUGAGGCUCGGAUCUUUCUAUGCCGGGAGGUUGCGAAUCUAUACAGCCUAAGACAGUGGAUAAAGCAGGAUGGCAGUGAAAUGAAGGAGACAUACGUAAUUGGUGGUGUUCCUAUCAUUAAUCUCCGAGACCUCAACGGGAAUAUUAAUGCCCAAAUAGGUGCCACUGCGGUCCAAAUAUCAACAUCAUUCUCCUAUAUUGCUCAUCUUCUAGUCCUCGUUUCACAUUACUUAUCUUUGAGGCUUCCGGCGGAGAUUACCCUUCCUCAUAGAGACCAUCCCGUUCCCACGAUCCAGGCACCUAUUGGGUCGUAUACCUCACGGGAGUCGAUCUUGACAGCCACGUCAACGCAGCCGCAUAACCCUGCUUCAUCUACGACACACCCAUUAGGCUUUCAGUCUAAUCAUUACCAACCUCGGCUUCUCACUAUCGAUAGAAGUUUACCAAAGCUCGCUAGGGAAGACCCAGGGUCAUACGUCCUUUUCCUAGAAGGAGUUACAUUGUUGGCCUGGAACGUUUCCUGGCUAUGUCGUACGCAAGGAUUCAAUAUCGUGUCGGACUCUUGGGAAGAGGUCUGCGAUAUUGGGAAGAACAUGUGGCAGCUACUUGUUGCUCCUCCGCUGGAAGCGGCAAGUCUAAUGAGAGCAUUUGCUGGUCGAGAAACGCAACCUAUGAAGCUCUUAAGAGACCCUCCUAGAACUUCUAUCCAAAGGACCAUAUCGUUCCCCAUGAUGGGGCAUUACUCACAUGGCACUGUUCAUUCAUUCCUGGGUGCUUCGGAAGGUACGGAGUUCGUUAGGACGUGGAGACUGCCGAUCCCGCUCAAGGUUGUCGACAAAUUGAAAUCAAUGCUCCUGGGAGAGAUGGCGAGCGCGGAAUGGGAAGUUCUCGAGGAGAAAGAGUGGAAUGAUAGUGAACAGAGUUCGACGAGAGCGCCUGUCCAAGGGUCGAGGUCGCAGCCUGAAGACGACGUAAUUCCGGACAAGAAUUAUGUCAGCCAUAUGGCAUCAGCUAGUGGCGUCCCUAAUGAAUUAGAUAGCACCAGCCGCCCACGGGGAAGUAGUGGCUGGACUAAAUUGAGAAAUCGAUAA